ACUUUUGUUUUUUAGUGCUGAAGAACAGAAUUUAACGUGUGAACGCAACUGAUAGAAAUCUAGCAGCAUUAGAGAUUUAGAUCUACAUUUAUAGAAUCUAGAUCAAGAUAUUGGGUUACGAUAAAAUGGCAGACAAAAUUAAAACAGCGUUUGGUCUUACCGUUUUAAAAAAAUCUGGAGAAUCAAAAACAAAACGUGUGCAUUCAAGUUUUAAUGUGUUUGGUGGUGAAAAUGAUGAGGAAGCCAAUGGUAAACAGACCUCAUGCCAAAAACUUUCCAUUGCAGUCAAAAGAAAGGCUCAGAUGGACAUUGAUAAGGCAUUGAAGGAAGACCCCACAGUGUAUGAAUACGAUUCAAUCCAUGAUGACUUACAGGCUACCCAAUCACAAGUUGGAGCGAAAGAGAAAAGUUCUGAAAAAAAGCCCAGGUAUAUAACUGCAUUUAUUAAAGCUGCUGAAGCUAAGAAGAAAGAAAAUGAAAGACGAAAAGAAAGACGGGUUCAGAAGGAACGGGAGGAAGAAGGAGAAAAAUUUAGAGAAAAAGAAAAGUUUGUCACUGCAUCUUAUAAGAAAAAAAUGCUUCAAAUGGCCGAGGAUGAAGAAAGAGAGAAACGGGAAGUGGCUAUGGAAAACAUGCUUGACGUGACGAAGCAAAAAGAUUUGAGCGGAUUUUAUAGAUAUUUACUAAGGGCCAAAACUGGAAAUCAAGUGGUGGAAGAAACUAAAAAAAAAGUUAAUUAAAGCAAGAACCCAGUCAUAUCUGUGCCACAAAGACAAAGGUGUACUUCCAGCCACCAGCCUCCACUGAGAUAUUAUCUCCCUCUAGUCUGACAGUGAAGCUUAGACACUCAGCCACAUCAACCUAUAAGAAAAGUAGCUCAGGGCUGAAAAAUGUUCUUUAUUUUCCAAGUUUUUUUUAAAGUCUAUUUUUAAAGUUUAUUUUUAAAUGUCAAACAGUCUCAAAAAGAUGAAUGAGAAAUGAAUCAAUUGUAAUACUUUUAGUUAUUAAGUCCAAAUUUGACAAUGAGAAAUUUUCAGAUGAGAGACUAAGUUCUCUUCAAAUACAAUUCUUGUAGAAAAUGUUCAGGUUAGUUCUUGUGAUAAGCUCACUACUCAUCUGUGCAGUUCAUUCAAGAUGUCCUCUAAGUUGACCUAAUACUUAUAUGAGAGUAGAGUAUCAUUGAGCUUCUGUAUUGAAUUCGCUGUGUUAGUAGAAAGACUUUUCAUGUGUGACCCAGUUGCUUGUGUAAAGGUCACAGUACAAUUUAGGUCAUCCAACGAGAAACUUGCAUAUUUUCUUGGGUCUUUUUAAUAAUCACCAUAGAGUUUAUCGGCCAUGUAAGAAUUUAAUCAAUCCUUCAAUGGGGUGUAAUUAUUUGGGGUUGUCACAUGAUUUGCAGAUUACAACCGAAAUUUCCGGCUCCAUCAUAGUAUUUCAGUUCCAUCAAAGUAUUUCAGUUCCAUCAUAGUAUUUCAGUUCCAUCAUAGUAUUUCCGUUCCAUCAAAGUAUUUCAGUUCCAUCAAAGUAUUUCAGUUCCAUCAUAGUAUUUCAAUUCCAUCAUAGUAUUUCAGUUCCAUCAUAGUAUUUCAGCUCCAUCAUAGUAUUUCAGCUCCAUCAUAGUAUUUCAGUUCCAUCAAAGUAUUUCAGUUCCAUCAAAGUAUUUCAGUUCCAUCAUAGUAUUUCAGUUCCAUCAUAGUAUUUCAAUUCCAUCAUAGUAUUUCAGUUCCAUCAUAGUAUUUCAGCUCCAUCAAAGUAUUUCAGUUCCAUCAUAGUAUUUCAGUUCCAUCAUAGUAUUUCAGCUCCAUCAUAGUAUUUCAGUUCCAUCAUAGUAUUUCAGUUCCAUCAUAGUAUUUCAGUUCCAUCAUAGUAUUUCAAUUCCAUCAUAGUAUUUCAGUUCCAUCAUAGUAUUUCAGCUCCAUCAUAGUAUUUCAGCUCCAUCAUAGUAUUUCAGUUCCAUCAAAGUAUUUCAGUUCCAUCAUAGUAUUUCAGUUCCAUCAUAGAAUUUCAAUUCCAUCAUAGUAUUUCAGCUCCAUCAUAGUAUUUCAGCUCCAUCAUAGUAUUUCAGUUCCAUCAUAGUAUUUCAGUUCCAUCAUAGUAUUUCAGCUCCAUCAUAGUAUUUCAGCUCCAUCAUAGUAUUUCAGCUCCAUCAUAGUAUUUCAGCUCCAUCAUAGUAUUUCAGUUCCAUCAUAGUAUUUCAGCUCCAUCAUAGUAUUUCAGUUCCAUCAUAGUAUUUCAGCUCCAUCAUAGUAUUUCAGUUCCAUCAUAGUAUUUCAGUUCCAUCAUAGUAUUUCAGUUCCAUCAUAGUAUUUCAGUUCCAUCAUAGUAUUUCAGUUCCAUCAUAGUAUUUCAGCUCCAUCAUAGUAUUUCAGUUCCAUCAUAGUAUUUCAGUUCCAUCAUAGUAUUUCAGCUCCAUCAUAGUAUUUCAAUUCCAUCAUAGUAUUUCAGUUCCAUCAUAGUAUUUCAGUUCCAUCAUAGUAUUUCAGUUCCAUCAUAGUAUUUCAGUUGUGAUGUCCCAUGGCUAGUUCAACACCCUCCGAUUGAAUGUCAACUGGCUUAACUUGUUUGUAUUAUAAUGUCGUGAAGACUUAGCUGUGAUCUCUUAGUACUCAGUACAGCUCUCGGUACAUUAUGUUGUGAGCUGACUGACCAAAGUGACCAAUGACAGGUAAAAAUAGAUACAGCGACACCUGUCCAGACGAGGCCCCAAAAUGUCAGGUUUCUUUCUACUUAUCUCAAGGGGAUCACUCAAGCUGUAGCUACCUGUAUCAUUCAUGCUAGAUUGUAUCCUCUAUGCUGGGCACCAUGAUGUGAUGUCCUUUUGCUUGUUAUAAUAAUGCAGUGUCUUUACUGGUUGACUGUAGCAUCUUUCGUCUGUGUAGAUAAUUAUUCAUUUGCAGGUGCGUAGAGUGGAGCUUAAACUGUGAUCGACUUACAUAUAUUAUAAGUUGUUUACGACACACCAGCAAAGCCCGAUAUGAGCUGACAUGUAGUUUAAUGAACAUAAGAAAUCAAAAGUAAUAUUAUUCAGCCAUAUGCCGCUGGCCAUACAAAUAAUUCUCACAGAAUAUAACCAUGUAUGAACCCAUCACUAUGAUAUGUUCAGUCUCAAAAUACAAUUCUUUACGCCCUGUACUUAGCUGCAAAAGUAACUUGAGUAAAUAACCGAAUAGCCUCUGUUGUAUGUGUCCACUCUCAGGAACAAGUGUUCAACCUUCCUGAACUGCAAACAUAGACCCCCCACUAGCAAACUCUUUCUUUUCUUGCAUACAAGAAUGACUAAAAAAAAUCAGUUCACAUCAUGUGCAGACUUCGCAUUCCUAACCUGGGAGUGCAUGUAUACAAAGGGUUAUAUCUCUUUCGUUCCAAAGCUACAAGAAAUAAACUUUAACGUUUAAUCUCUCCAUGCAUCCCCCUGACACCAUGUAGAUCCAAGUGCUGAAACAAAGUGAGUUGGAUAAAUGAAAUCUAUUUGAAAUGACGUUGUGAGCCAUGACGCUUUUCUAGCCUACAUGUUAACAAAUUAUGUAUAUUGUGUGAAGACAUGACUAAAUGCAAGCUUCUUUAUUUCAAAUCAAUUCAAAUGUAAUUUGUUUUUGGUAUUUAAUACAAGAUGGUCUCCCUUUGAAUGGUAUGUUGUCUUUCAUUGACCAUCUUUGUCUUUCUCAGGACUUUGUUUCAUACUUUCAUGAUGUUUUUAAUUUAACAUUGGUAUAUCAUUAUGUGACUGUAUAUGAGAUUUACAUAUGAUUCGCACAUAUCAGUACUUUUUGUUAUUACUAUGUAUUUUAAUGUUUUUAUGAAAAUGUGAAUAUUAUGUAGUUUAAAUAUUUAUUUAUAUAAUAAUUAUAGAUUUUGCAAAUUAAUCAUCUUUGAAUGUGUUUUUUUUUUUAACUGUAAAUAAAUGCAUUUGCAUGUGAGCCCAGGCUGUCAAAACCUUGAAUGCUAUUCCACUGUAUGAAGACAAUGCUUAUAUGUAAAUAAAAUUCUUAACUAGUUAGGCUUAA